AUGUAUUAUCCAGAGAGUGUGGACUGUGGAUCAGAAGCCAGAAAGCAGGAGAGUGAAAUAGAUACUUCAAAGAGUGCAGGGGCUUGGCCAUUAGUGGCACUCUCGCUCUUUGGGACAGGCUUCUUCUUGGGCCCUCUUAUUGAUGGAAUACAUGUCAAUCUAGUGGUGUACCAAAAUGGGGCAAUUGAUGUUGCUUCUCUUCACACAAAUAUAUGGGCUCCACAUUUGCUUGGUUUAUUUUACUGCUCUGUGGGUCUGCUGCACCUGCUGCUUGAGCACAGAUUCUCUUCUCAGCAGCCUCCAGAGGGUAGCCUAGAGAUCACAACUGUCGCUUCCCUUGUAGCAGUGGUGAUAUUCACUGAAUUGAGCGCUGAAAUGUACAAAGCCGGAGUACCAAAUAAUGUCGAAGCCUAUGUCUUGUUUGCAGGAGCAGAACUCGUAUGGUUUUUGCUGGAUAGAACAAGACUGGGCUUUGCAUUAGCCUGUCUCGUAAGUCUUGCCUGCCCACUUGUUGGGAUUCCUGCAAUGGUAUGGUUUAAUUUGUGGUAUUAUCCUCAAGCAAACGUCCAGAUCUUUGGACAGGGGUUAGUCACUUGAACAAUCACUUGCUAUUUUGUCUACACACCUUUCUUGAUCAACCUGUCUCGUUGGCUGAAAUCAAUCACUGUUGUUGCAAUCGCUCAAGAUAAAUUUGUUUAGAUUCCAACAGUGGCCCACUUAAGAGGAAACCACAUCCACUUCAACGGGAAAUUGAGAUGUUCUGACAAUUGAUCAUUUAGCGCUAUUACUUGAUAAUAGGUACAACCAAAUGGAUGACUGAAUAAUUGUAAAGGGAUACAAUUUUCGGGAGGGGUGUAUACACAGACAGAUAGUGAGAGAGAUUAUGAUAUGUUCAUAAACUGUGACACUAGAAACUUCUUGUAGAAAUGAUCCUAUAUCUACUAGUUAUAUGAAUUUUCAUCAAAAGGCUCACUGAUAAUAGAAUGGUAGGGGAUAUUGGAAACUUCGCCACUUGGCACGACCUUGUGCCCAUGGCUUUGGAGGCUUAGCUUCAGCGGUGCUUCUGGGUCGAUGUCAAGGCCUUGGCCUUGCCUUGCUCGUAUGCCCCUGUGGCAUGUUUCAUAUGUUGGGUCUUCGCCUGCACCCAUACCUGGGGUUGGCUACGGAUAUGACAGUCCCUCGCCUGGUGCUGAGCGGCGCUGGUGCGCGCACAGCCCAAUCCUCAGGCUUGACACUGGUCUGGUGCCUGUGCACCUGGGCGGUGCGACGCCUGAGCAGGGCAACUCCUGAAUCCUUGGCCGGUGUCAUGUGUGUACUUUGUAGUAUGCCUAUGAUGAGGCUUUGCCAAAUGUAGCCCUCGCGACAUACUUCCAUCUUGCAUGGUGCAGCGUCGCCCCACGGCUGCACGUCUAGGCCAACGGACCCUUGCUCGCUAGGCUAAACCUGAGCCAAGCUCACAAGUCAACACACGAGGCUCUUAGGAGAGGUGCCUCGAGUGUUCAAUCGGCACGGAGGGCUUGCUCAUUCUCAAGGAUAGCCCGCAGGGCAUGGUCGGUCCAUAUGUCAAGCCUCCGGCUCUUGUUGGGCGCCCAACGCUGGCCUGUGGCCGAGCGCCGCCCAUAGAGUUGCGUAACUCGUAUGGGUACCUAGGACCCUUUGGGGAUGCCUAGGCAGGCCCUUGAGGUUAGUCCCCAAGGAUGCUCACUUGGUGCGGCUUGAUGGUGGCACGCACGAGGGAGGCUGGCUGAGCUGAGACACCUCUGCCCCCCUUAUAUAUGCUUUAAAAAUAAAAGCCCAAGUUUUAGCACUGGACAUGAUUCUGCCCGAGAAUCAUACUUGGCCUUUCUCAAUGAUCCGAACUCCAAAUGAGGCGUCGUCUGUUCCUAACUCUUUCUCUUGACUUCCUUCACUCCUCCAUGAAGUUUCAUCUCAUCCCCAUGCUCGUGGAACGAGAUAUGGCCUUAGGGAGCUUUGACACUGACACUGCUCCUUGGCUAAGUCAAGCCCUUAGGUAAAUGAUGUUCAAAUGACGCCAAACUUGGUAAGCACAUUCAAUAACAUCCUAGGAAGGGUGUGUUCACCCGAAAUCCCAAGAUUCCAUCCAUGGUUCAGAAAUGCUCGGGACUGACACUCAGGCUCGCACGGGGUCGCUCGUGCGUCGACGACCCGUGGGCUCAUCUCAGAUCCUUGCUACACUUCCUUGCUGCUCCUAGGAUAUGCAAUGAAGCUUAUCUAUGAUGAUUGUGGACUCUCGU